AUGAAAUCUUUAUUUAAAAAGAUAGAGGUUAUAUCUUCAUCUAUUUUAAGUAAAAAAGAUAAAAAAACUAUUAAUAAAAUCUGUGAUAAUGAAAUAUUGAAAAAAAAUGUGGAUUAUUCAUUGGUGAAAUUAAAAAACAGAGCGAAUUUAAUACUAGAAUCUAAUAAAGCUCUGUUAUUUUAUUUUAAUAAUAAAUAUAUUCCUACAAUAAAGAGCCUCGAAAAUAAUUUACUUACAAUUCCAAAAAUAUAUUUAGAUGCAGGUGCCGUAUCUCCUAUACAAAGAGGUGCCAAUGUAAUGGCACCAGGUAUUUUCAAGUACAUAAAUUUAUGCACACACGAUUUUAAAAAAAAUGAAAUUCUUUGCAUUGAGAUUUUAAAUUUUGCAAUAUUAGCUAUUGGAAUAGCACUUUUAAAUAAAAAUGAGAUUACUAAAAGCACUAACGGAGAAGCAGUAGAAAUAGUACAUAUAAAGAAUGAUGAGUUAUACAAUAAAUACUAG